UACUGGACACAUUUAUUCAUAUUCUUUCAUUUUAAUGUUUUAAUUUAUUCAUACUAUAUACUCGCUUGGAACGGUAGCGGUGGUGUUUGUCAUGUCUUCACGGCGAAGGCGCUACAUGUUUUACUUACGUCGCUAAAAUGCUUUGUAAAGUAGUCCCAAGCAGUAGAGAACAACGAUACUGAAAGAAUUGAUGCUGGACCACAACUGGACGUUUAAACGGAUACUUCUCGCCUGCCACACCCUUUCAAAACCAAAAUACUUCUACCUAUUCUUUUUCUUCAAAAAUAACAGAAUGGAUUUGGAGAAGACUUAAAUUGGAUGUUGUUGCCAAGUGACGUGUUGCCAAACGCUUAAGUGUCAACUUUGCCAACUUUUUUUUUCUUUUUCUUUUUCCUGAGACCACAUCAAGUCACGCAAAAGGGAAUUUAUUAUAACUUGGAGGCGAAAAAUGGAUCAAGCCAGCGGCGGGGACGACCCCAGUAAACCUUUUAAAAAGAGGUCCAGUGAGGAUGAAGGCAGGAAUAAAAAACUGAACAUACACAUAAAAACAUUGGCCGACGACAUGCGUGAUCGUAUCACCAGUUUCCGAAAAACGGGCAUGAAGAAGGAGAAGCCCCUCAUUCAGCACCCGACGGACCCCCUGUCGAUCCAGACCGAGCUGCCGCUCCCCCAGCCGCUCUUUGACGAGCGCUCCAUGAACCUUUCGGAAAAGGAGAUUAUUGACCUCUUUGAGAAGAUGAUGGAGGACAUGAAUCUGAAUGAAGAGCGGAAGGCCCCCCUUCGCGGGAAGGACUUGAGCACCAAACGGGAGAUGGUGGUCCAGUACAUCUCAGCCACAGCCAAAUCUAUAACUGGGAGCAAAGUGGCGGGAGGACUGAGGAACAGCAAGCAUGAAUGUACGCUCUCGUCCCAGGAGUACGUCCACGAGCUUCGCACGGGCAUCACGGAAGAAAAGCUGCUCAAUUGCCUGGAGUCGCUUCGGGUUUCUCUCACCAGUAACCCUGUCAGUUGGGUCAAUAAUUUCGGCCAUGAGGGUCUGGGACUGCUUCUGGAUGCGCUGGAGAAGCUCUUGGAUAAGAAACAGCAAGAGAAUAUCGAUAAACGGAAUCAGCAUAAGCUCAUCCAAUGCUUGAAGGCUUUCAUGAACAACAAGUACGGGUUGCAAAGGAUCCUGGGAGACGAGCGCAGUCUGUUGUUACUGGCGAGAUCCAUUGACCCCAAGCAGGCCGGCAUGAUGACGGAGACUGUCAAGAUCCUCUCCGCCUUCUGCAUCAUCGGCGAGGAGAACAUCCUGGAUAAGAUUCUGGCUGCCAUGACGAUUGCUGCGGAGCGGAAUAAUAAAGAGAGAUUUGCUCCAAUUGUGGAAGGACUGGAGAACCACGAUGCCCAACAGCUCCAGGUUGCUUGCAUGCAGCUGAUCAACGCCCUGGUUACCUCCCCGGAAGACCUGGACUUCCGGAUACAUCUCCGAAACGAGUUCCUCAGAUGCGGCCUCAAAAAGAUCCUGCCUGAGCUGAAAGAGACAGAGGAGUUGGACAUCCAGCUGAAGGUGUUCAAUGAGAACAAGGAGGAGGACUUCAUCGAACUGACCCAUCGCUUGGACGACAUCCGAGCUGAGAUGGAUGAUAUGAGUGAGGUGUAUCAUCUCCUGUCCAACAUGGUGAAAGACACGGGCUCCGAGACCUACUUCCUGUCCAUCCUACAGCACCUGCUGCUCAUCAGGAACGACUACUACAUCAGGCCGCAGUACUACAAGGUGAUCGAGGAAUGCGUGUCGCAGGUGGUCCUGCACCGGAGCGGCAUGGACCCGGACUUCGGCUACAGUCGACGGCUGGAUGUGGACUUCACCCAUUUAAUUGAACAAUGUGUGGACAAAGCCAAAGUUGAAGAGAGCGAGCAGAAAGCUGCAGAGUUCUCCAAAAAGUUUGACGAGGAGUUCAGCGCGCGGCAGGAGGCCCAGGCCGAGUCUCAAAAGAAAGAGGAGAGAAUCAAAGAGCUGGAGGGGAAGAUCCAGGCCCUGGAGUCUCAGAUUGCAGCCGGUCCAGCUGUGCCCGGAGCGCCCCCUGUACCAUCGCAACCCGGAGGUGCUCCCGCGCCGCCGCCGCCGCCGCCUCCCCCGGGUGGUUGUCCGCCGCCGCCACCACCCCCGCCGCCCCCGGGCCAUGCUGGCGCUCCACCGCCUCCUCCGCCGCCGCCUCCACCGGGCGGGGGACCUCCCCCUCCGCCGCCGCCACCCGGGUGCGGGCCCCCGCCUCCUCCGCCUUUCUUCGGAGGCCCGGGCGCGCCUCCGCCGCCCCCGUCUUUACCCGUCCUCAAACUACCGUACGGGCUGGAGCCUAAGAAGGUGUACAAGCCGGAGACGGUGAUGAAGAGGGUCAACUGGAGCAAGAUCGUGCCCCAGGAAAUGGCGGAGAAUUGCAUCUGGAUCAAAGUGAAGGAGGAGAAGUUUGAGAACCCCGACCUUUUUGCGCAGCUCUCCCACUACUUCUCCUCGCAGAGCAAAGCGAGAAAGGAUGUGAAAGAUGAAACUGACGACAGAAUGACACAGUUUAAGAAGAAGGCCAAGGAGCUUCGUAUUUUGGACGCAAAGACGGCGCAGAACCUGUCAAUUUUCUUGGGCUCCUUCCGCCUGCCCUAUGACGAGAUCCGAGACAUCGUGCUGCAGGUGGACGAAGAGAGACUGAGCGAGUCCCUCAUCCAGAACCUGAUAAAGAACCUGCCGGAGCAGAACGAGCUGUCAUCACUAGCUGAACUUAAGAGUGAAUAUGAGGAGCUGGUGGAGUCGGAGCAGUUUGGGAUUAUGAUGAGUUCGGUCAAGCUCCUGCGGCCGCGUCUCAACGGCAUCCUGUUCAAGCUGACCUUCGAGGAGCAGGUGAACAACAUCCGCCCGGACAUCAUGAACGUGACGUUCGCCUGCGAGGAGGUGAAGAAGAGCGAGGGCUUCCGGAAGCUGCUGGAGUUGGUGCUGCUGGUCGGCAACUACAUGAACGCCGGCUCCAGGAACGCCCAGACUUUUGGUUUCAACGUCAGCUUCCUCUGCAAGCUGCGAGACACCAAAUCGAUAACUCAGUGCACGACGCUGCUUCACUUUCUGGCGGAGAAGUGUGAGGAAACGUUCCCGGAGAUCUUGAGGUUUCCAGAUGAGUUGGAGCACGUGGAAAGUGCCAGCAAAGUGUCCGCUGAGAUCCUGAAAAGCAGCCUGACCACCAUGGAGCGUCACAUCGUGCGCCUGGAGAACGACAUCGAGAACUUCCCCAAGACGGACGACGCGCAAGAUAAGUUUGUGGAAAAAAUGUCCGGCUUCUGCAAGCACUCGCGGGAGCAGUACGAGAAGCUGUCCAUCAUGCACAAGAACAUGCAGAAGCUCUACGAGAACACGGGCAGCUACUUCGCCUUCGACCCGCAGGCCGUCAGCGUGGAGGACUUCUUCGGGGAGCUCUCCAACUUCCGCACCCUCUUCCUGGAAGCUGUGAAGGAGAACCACAAGAAGAGGGAGAUGGAGGAGAAGAUCAAGAGAGCCAGGCUGGCGAAGGAAAAAGCCGAGCGCGAGAAGCAGGAGCGUCAGCAGAAGAAGAAGCAACUGAUUGACAUGAACAAAGAGGGAGAUGAAACUGGAGUGAUGGACAGCCUCAUGGAAGCUCUACAGUCCGGAGCAGCCUUCCGCGAUCGCCGAAAACGGACGCCGCGCAACGGUGAUCAAAGUCCUUCCAGUCCAGCCUCUCGGUGGCCGGCUGCUAACUAUGGUUACCGAACCUUAGAUAACCGCCGCGCCGUGCUGGAACGCUCCCGCUCUCGCCACAACACCAACCACCAGGCUCGAUGAUGUCGCCCGAAGACGACCCGGAGGAGGAUCCUGUCGCUGAGUCACCCCCCCCCCCCCCCCUCCACGUUAACCCCGCCUUCCACGCUCUCUCUCCAGUUUGUCUUCCUGUCGGUCCUUCAUAGGAAGCCAAGCAAAAAGGCCUCGCCGAAACGGUGCUGUGUACAAACGUAGGAGACUGUAACCAUUCCACGCUUAGACUUCAGAGCAUGUGACUCACACGCCUCAAAUUUCGACAGGAUUUGUUUUAUUUUUUUCAAAUACAGGCCGCUUUUCAUAUUUUACACACCUCCAUAUCGACAGGAUGCAUUUUGGGUUUUAAGCGCCUCCCUUUUCAUUAUGAGACACACCUCCAUUGUGGCAACAUUUUAUUCUGUACGCACCUCCAUUUUUGACAGGGUGCAUUUUAUUUUUUAGGUGCCUCCAUUUUCCACAGAAUGCAGUUUAUUUCUACGCACCUCCAUUCUGACAGGAUGCAUUUUAUUCUUGACACAUCUCCAUUACGACAGGAUACAUUUUGGGUUUUAAGCGCCUCCUUAUAAUUAGGAGACACACCUCCAUUGUGGUAAGAUGUAUUAUAUUCUUGACACACCUCCAUUUUUGACAGGAUACAUUUCAUUCUUGACACACCUCCAUUUUUGACAGGAUGCAUUUUAUUUUUUAGGUGCCUCCGUUUCAUUAGGAGACACCUCCAUUUUGGCAAAAGUCACUAUAUUGUUGACACACCUCCAUUUUUGACAGGAUGCAUGUUAUUCUUUACACACCUCCAUUUUUGACAGGAUGCAUUUUGGGUUUUAAACGCAGUCUUUUCAUUAAGAGACAUACCUCCAUUGUGGAAAGAGUCAUUAUAUUUUUGACACACCUACAUUUUUGACAGGAUGCAUUUUAUUCUUGUCACACCUCCAUUUUUGACAGGAUGCAUUUUAGUUUAUAGGUACCUCCGUUUCAUUAGGAGGCACACCUCCAUUGUGGCAAGAUGUAUUAUAUUCUUGACACACCUUCAUUUUUGACAGGAUGCAUUUUAUUUUUUAGGUGCCUCCGUUUCAUCAGGAGACACGCCUACAUUAUGGGGAGAGUCAUUAUAUUGUUGACACACCUCCAUUUUUGACAGGAUGCAUUUUAUUCUUGACACACCUCCAUUUUCGACAGGAUGCAUUUUAUUUUUUAGGUGCCUCCGUUUCAUUAGGAGACACACCUCCAUUGUGGCAAGAGUCAUUAUAUUGUUGACCCACCUCCAUUUUCGACAGGAUGCAUUGUAUUCUUGACAAACCUCCAUUUUUGACAGGAUGCAUUUUAUUUUUUAGGUGCCUCAGUUUCAUUAGGAGACACACCUACAUUGUGGCAAGAUGCAUUAUUUUCUGUACUCACCUCCAUUUUUGACAGGAUGCAUUUUAUUCUAAACACACCUCCAUUUUAGACAGGAUGCAUUUUGGGUUUUAAGCGCAUUUUUUCAUUAGGAGACAUAAUUUCAUUGUGGAAAGAUGCAUUAUAUUUUUGACAGAAUGCAUUUUAUUUUUGACAUACCUCCAUUUUUGACAGGAUGCAUUUUAUUCUUGACACACCUCCAUUUUUGACAGGAGGCAUUUUAUUUUUUAGUUGACUGUUUCAUUAGGAGACACACCUCCAUUGUGGCAAGAUGCAUUAUAUUCCUGAUACACCUCCAUUUUUGACAGGAUGCAUUUUAUUCUUGACACACCUCCAUUUUUGACAGGAGGCAUUUUAUUUUUUAGGUGACUCUGUUUCAUUAGGAGACACACCUCCAUUGAGGCAAGAUGCAUUAUAUUCCUGACACACCUCCAUUCUUGACAGGAUGCAUUUUAUUCUUGACACAUCUCCAUUUUUGACAGGGUGCAUUUAAUUUUUUAGGUGCCACCUUUCCAUUUGGAGACAUUGUGGCAAGAUGCAUUAUUCUGUACGCACCUCCGUUUUUGACAGGAUGCAUUUUAUUUUUUAGGUGCCUCCUUUUCAUUAGAAGACACACCUACAUUGUGGCAAGAUGUAUUAUAUUCUUGACACACCUCCAUUUUUGACAGGAUGCAUUUUAUUCUUGAGACAUCUCCAUUUUUGACAGGAUGCAUUUUAUUUUUUAGGUUCCUCAUUUUCAUUAGGAGACACACCUCCAUUGUGGCAAGAGUCAUUAUAUUGUGUACGCACCUCCAUUUUUGACAGGAUGUGUUUUACUUUUUAGGUGCCUCCUUUUCAUUAAGAGAUCAAAUAUAUUCUGUACGCACCUCCAUUUUCCACAGGAUGCAAUUUGUCUUCACGCACCUCCAUUCCGACCGGAUGAAUUUUGUUUGAACGCAAAUCCAAUCUGGAAAAAAAUGUAUGACAUAUAUUCUUUUGCUCCUCAAUUUCUGGCAGGAUGUGUUUAAAUUUUCCGCACCUCCAACUUUGACAGGGUGCAUUUGAAUUGUAUUCACCUCCAUUUUGUUGAAACUAAAUUCUUUAAGCACCUUCAUUUCUAGUGGGAUGCAUGUUAUUCAUUACACACCUCCUUUUUCGACAGGAUGCAAUUAAUUAUUACGCAACUCCACUGUGAACUGAUGCAUUUUGUUUAUAUGCAACUACAAUUUGAGAAAAAAGAAAUUACAUUUAUUCUUACCCAUCUCAA